AUGGAUCCAUUAUCUUUAUCAUCAUCGUCGUCCGAUGAGAUUUAUUCGGCUUCGGAAUUUUCAAUUCUUUUGCCGUUUCCUAAUUUAUCCACGGGUAGUAGCCUACCUUUUUUGCAAAGUGUUCUUGACGCGGUUGAAGACGCCACAGCAAGCUCCACCAAAACCCGCGCCUACAUCGAGCGGUUUCGGGAACGAGCUCACGAAACGCUUAUACGUGACUACUUUGUUGAAAACCCAAAGUUUGGCCCGAUUUGCGUGGUCAUCGAGUUAUAUGGUGACGAGUACUUACGUAGGCCAACUAAUCAUGAUGUUGCACGGUUGUACGAAGCGCAUGAACGGAGACACAAGAUUCCAGGAAUGCUAGGAAGUCUUGAUUGUACGCAAUUUGUUUGGAGAAAUUGUCCUAAAGCGUUGAAGGGACAAUACAAGAGAGGUGAUCAUCAAUACCUCACGGUUACACUUGAAGCCAUUGCUUCACAAGACUUGUGGAUUUGGCAUGCUUUUUUUGGUCCUCCAGGGUCGCUCAACGAUAUCAAUAUUUUGAAUCAAUCGACAUUGUGGGCGACUCAUGUCAAGGAAAUGGCAUAUCCAACCGAAACAAAUGACAAGAAGUUCAAGAAAUAUCAAGAAUCGGCAAGAAGGAUGUAG